AUGUAUCGCAUAGCGACUAACGAGCUGCGAUGUCCGCAGGAAAUUGACCUCAAAUACGCCGACGUAUCGACGAAAGAGUUCGGGAUUUUUUUUUCUCCGAGAAUUUCCUUCGACGAGACCCCGCGUGAAAGACCGCCGGAGAGCUCGCGCAAGGGCGACGUCCUCAUUGUGUUUAGGUGUACUAAAAACUUUUCGAACGGACCUGCAGCAAUUAAUUUCUUCCCCCGCAUACCGCCGAAGGACGCUCUUGACCCCCAUAGGGUUAAAUCCUUAGUGAGGUUAGGGGUAAAUGAUAGGCCUGCAUUUAAUUACGCAUCUGCCAGAAGGUCGGAUCCUGCUCAUUGGCAGAGCGUAACGAAUAAGUAG